CGCCGCCCCGCAGCAGCAUCCCAGAUGGAGAUAAGUUGCUUAACACUAAAAGACUUGAUAAGUCCAAGACACACAGGAAUUGAUCUGGCAGAUGAAGAUGGGGAAAAUGCACAAAAGGAAAACAUAUUUGAGCAAUCCAGAAUGACCCCAAAGACCCCAAUGAAAAAUGAACCAAUUGAUUUAUCAAAGCAAAAGGGCUACACCCCAGAAAGAAAUCCAAUUACACCUGUUAAGCUUGUUGACAGACCUCUGACAGAUCCAUGGACUCCCACAGCUAACCUGAAGAUGCUUAUUAGUGCUGCUAGCCCUGAUAUGAGGGACAGAGAAAAGAAGAAAGAGCUCUUCAGACCAAUUGAGAACAGUGAGCAGAAUGAUACUUUUCCUGAUUCUGUACAGGAUGAUAUGGUAGAUGAUGGCACAAUGGAUGAAUUUGAAAAGCAGAGACCCAGCAGAAAACAGAAAAGCUUAGGACUCUUAUGCCAAAAGUUUCUCGCUCGCUACCCCAGUUACCCUUUGUCAGCAGAAAAAUCAACCAUCUCUUUGGAUGAAGUGGCUUCUAGUCUUGGAGUUGAGCGUAGGCGCAUCUAUGAUAUAGUGAACGUUCUGGAAUCAUUGAACCUUGUUAGCCGGGUGGCCAAGAAUCAGUAUUGUUGGCACGGACGACACAGCCUGAGUCAAACUCUGAAAAAUCUUCAGGAAAUAGGAGCGCUCCAGAAGUAUGAAGAACAAAUGGCUUACUUCCAGCAUAAAGAGCAGGACCUUGAAUAUAAAUUUGGAGAAUGUAAAAAGGAGACCUUUCCAGAUUCCCAGGAAAGACCGUUACUUGAAUUUUCGGAGGCAGAUUGCCACUCCGCAUCUGCAAACAGCAGAAAGGACAAGUCAUUGCGGAUUAUGAGCCAAAAGUUCGUCAUGCUGUUCCUUGUCUCCAAAACCAAGAUAGUCACUCUUGACAUAGCAGCAAAAAUACUGAUAGAAGAAAGUCAGGAUGCAGCAGAUCACAGCAAGUUUAAAACAAAGGUACGAAGGCUGUAUGAUAUUGCCAACGUUCUGACCAGCCUAGGACUCAUAAAGAAAGUACAUGUCACAGAAGAAAGGGGUCGAAAACCAGCCUUCAAAUGGAUUGGGCCUGUGGAAUUCAAUGGAAAUAGUGAUGAACCAAGAACUGAUGCUCCUACAUGUGCUGCUUUACCAGAACUGAAAAGAGGAGCAUGUGUCCAACAUCAAACCCAUGUGAAUGGAAAACAGAGGCUUUCACGGCACUCUUCAUUUAACACUGUUCAGCCUUGUGAAGGGAUCAAAAGGAAGUUCAGCUCUGAACCCAACAGCCCACAUAGGGAGAGGCAAGCUUGCUUUGUAGGUUCAGAUGAAUACUGCUCUAAAAUGAUAAAUCUAGCAGCUGUCUGCAGACAGAAGAUGGAAAAGGAUGCAGAGAGUAAAAAUUGUGCCACUGAAACAAGCCUACAUUCAUCAAGGAAUCCAGCCUUAAUCUCUCCGUUCUCUGUCCUUCCAGAUUCUGGGGACUCUGAUUAUUGUCUUAACCCCAUACCUCAUCCAGUGUUUCCCAUUGCUCAUUCAGAUAUGUCACACCUCUCUCUGUCAAAUGGUGUGAACAGCCAAGUUUUGCAGACUCCCACUCUAGCAGUCUCAAAAAUAGAGAACGGGAAACCCGCUCUACUCCCCAACCAGCCUUUUGUUUGCUUCCCUUCUGCGUCUGUCUUCAUGCUGUGUGGCAGCCCUCAGGAACAUCUGUCGAGAGAGAACCUUCCUAAUGUAGGAGAAAAAUGCAACAGAAGCCCUAAGGGGCAGGCCUCACCCCUGAAGCCACAAGCUGCUGUAUUUUCAGUUAAUUGUCACAAGCGUAGUUCCCAGAAGUGUGCAUCUCCCUCCACGCCUGCAGCCAGCUCUGAGCCAGUUGCUAAAAGGAAGACCCUGGAGCAGAGUGAUGCCCCCCUCUCAUUGGUGCUACCCAAGAAGCCUAUUGAGUCACCUGAUGUAGCAUAUCCCUUGGGAAGCAGCUGCGCCUCUAAUGUACAUCUAGGAGCUUUUCAUCUUGAUUUAGGAACUCCUGCUGGUGAGACUGCAGAAGAGGAUACAACUAAACCUUUAGAGCCUCCCCAGGAAAAGCAAUCUCCGAACAGAGACCAUGAAGAUCCCUCACAGGGAAAAGAGCACAUAUCUCAAGAAAAUAACCAACAAACCUUCUUUCCACAGUAUCUCUAUGUGCAGCCAGCUGCAGGAUUAAGUGGUUUUAACUUCCUGUUUUCUGCAAACCAAAUCCCUGGUGCUGUUGGUCUGUCUGCAAGCCAGUUACCAUCUCUUAGUGUUCCCUGUGUGGUAGUGCCAUCAACAGCCUUGGCACCCCUCCCUCUUAUCUGUUCUCCAGCAAUCACCGGUCCGCUUUCUUCUGCUCCUGCUGGCUCUCUUCCAAAUGCUGCAGCCACAAAUAUCAGUAUGCCCACCUUCACAUCAACAACGCCCGUCUUUAUUGGCACCACAGCAAUGGUUACUCCAAAGACCUCCAAAAUACCUUCAGUGGAUUCACAACAGCCGUCUUCUGCUGUACAUCUGAGCCCUGUGCUUGGAAAGUCUUGCAGCAUGGUUAAACUGGAAUCCCCAGUUUGUACAGGGCACCCAGUCACCCUUCUGAAACUACAACAGCCAUCAUCAACCCCACUUACUCCGAAGAGCAUUCGUCCUACACAUCAUGAGGCAUUUUUCAAAACUCCCAGCAGCCUUGGAGAUCCUAUUGCAUGGAAAAAAAAGGAAGGCAACCAGACCAGAAAUACCAGUUCUGUUCAGAGGAGACUAGAAAUCUCAAGUAGCGGCACUGACUAAUCCAACUCAUUGCAAGGGUGUGGUCAUAUUCUAAUAUGACUUAGCUGUGGCUUUUGUUAACAACUACGAUUUCAUAACAAGAGGAGGAUGUUAAAAUGUCACCCCUGUUGGCAUACUUCCCUUCCACACUAAUUCUUUAGCUUUCUCCUUCAUCAAUCAUCCCUAUCACUGAAGUAUCUUUAUUUAAUUGCUCAUUUAAUAUUUGUUAGGAUUCAGACUUUGAGCAUGGUGCAGCAAUGCAAGCACCAAACUGUAUUUGUGGUUUUAAUAUGAAAAAUACUAUAUUGCUGUGACAAGAUGUAAACAGACUUAUUGGAGUCUCAUGGAACUUUCUUUCUUUUCUUUCUUUCUUUCUUUCUUUUCUUUUUUUUUUUUUUUUUUUUUUUUUAAGUAAGCUGUCCAGCACUUAUCUAGGGUGAGUGUUUUUUACAUGUCCUCUACUUACCCUGAGUAAAUCUGUGGUAAAAAAAUGAAAACCUCCUGCAGCUGUAAAAGCAGCUGCUGCCUGUGUUUCAGUCUAUCAAAUUCUGCCUCAGCAAUGCAGUUUCUUGUUAUUUAUUUUGUAUAUUGGAAUGGGAUUUAGUGCAAAAUGUUUGCAGCCUCAAAACAACAGAUUUUCUCAGGGUAUGACUACUUGAAUAUUGAUUGGUGGUUGUACAGUUUGCCCUGCACUUGUUUUACAAAAGCCUAAUGAACUUACAGAAUGGAUGAAUGUAUACAUAUGAAAAUAUUAAGACCAAAAUAACUGUGAAUCUUAACUUUUUUUUGGUAGUUGUAUUAAUGAACUGUAUUAGUCCUUGUCUUGUGUCUUUUUCUGGGCAAAAAGUACAAAUUAAUUAACAAAUUGAAUCUGGUUCCUAAAUAACACAAUCUGACAAAUUAAUCUGGGAAUAGUGAAUCUCUGAAUGUGUGUGCUAGGAUUUCUUCUCCAUUGAAAUAUAUGGUCUAGAAUCUCUCUAAAUCCAGAUAGAACUUAGCAAUUAAUCACAGGAUUUUAGAUUUUAUUUCCAAAAAUACUCAUGUGCAUAAUUGUUGACCAAUGACAGUAGGCAAUUUUGGUAACUCUCAUUAGAAAUUAUAAUUAUUCACUAAAUUUUAAUACGUCUGGAGAUUAUGAACAAAGACAGUCCCCAUGAAUGGUGUAUUUGAAUACACAUGAAAAGUGGGAGGCUUUGUAUUUAGGCACCUGUGUGGAAAAAUUGUAGAAAGAAGAUAUCAGUGAGCGGGAGUCAUGAAUUUGGGAAGAUAGGGGUGGUAGUUAGCUUCAUGCCUGCAGAUAAAGUGGGAAUAAAGAAAGGUACAUGUCACACUUAUUAGCAUUCAGAGUCCUCAAACAGUGGGUGGAUGGUGUUUGAGCACAAUUAAUAUAAACGGAAAUAAUGUAAUGGUUAGUACUGAUUUUAGAUGUUUUCACAAUCUGCAGUUGCAUUUCUUUUUUUUUAAUAUUAUCAUGUUACUUUGAAAUUUUAUUAAAUCUGUGGGUAGCCACAUCAGCUCUUCUUUCAUGUAGUGAAAAUAUGUGUUUAUUGAUAUUGCUCUCUUGAGAGCAGACAGUCUAAUGUGCUAUUUCUCUAGCCUUGGGAGAGAAGGAUUUCUUGGGGGAAAGGGAAGGGUUUAUAAAGAAAUGUGUCCUUACCAAAUGGAAUUUAAGAAUGAAUUUUAGUGGAGUGGUAAGUGGGAGUACAGUGGCCUUAUAUUAGAAGUAGACCAAUGAGAGCCUUAUGAGGAGGGAGUAUUUUAAUCCCUCUUUUAAAACAACCAACAAUUUGACAGUAGAAUGACACAGAAAAUUUCAGAUGUGGGAAAGAGAACGCUUACCACUGUUAAAUUUUAAAAGUUUUAUGUUUUACACUACAGUUUUGCAAGUUUACAUGAUUGUAUUUGAAUCACUUUUUCUUGUACUCCCAAUUAUAAAUUACUUUGCAAAGUAAAAUGAAGUCUGUAGCUAACAUUAAUAUUGCCAAGCAUACAUUGUAGCUACUGAUGCUGUGAUUUUUUUCUCAGCUAGUACAAGUCAGUAUCUGUUCAGGCUUGAAACAGACUGAUGUUGUUCCAGAUUGUAUGGAGAAUCUACACUAGUCACGCAAUCUGUUUUCUCCUUUAUCUGUGAGCAGCGUGUUAGUGAAAUGGCAGUAUGGAGGAAGGAGGAGGAUUUGAUUAAAAUAUGAAGCCUUUUUACUCCACAGUUAAAUCAUCAUUGCAAACCCAUCUCACUUUGUCAGUAAGGCUGUUCUGUUUCAUGACUGACCUAACUAUACUUGAAACUACAGGGACAGAAAAUCUUCAUUUUCCAAUACCUGCUUCAUUAAAACACUGGGCCUGAUUCUGAUCUCAGUGGGUCUCCAGUAUGAAUCAGGGGUAACUCUACUGAAGUCAGUAAAGCGAGACCAAUUAUAGGGAGAGCAGAAUCAGGCCUACUUUGCUUUUGUAACAUACAGGGCAUGCAAGGGUUGCGGUGGGGCUUGACAUUGUCCCAUUUAUGUCAAGGGCAAAACUCACACCUAGGUAAACAGAAGCAUGAGUGAAACCACUGCAAAAGUGUAAAAUAAUAGAUCAAACCAUGUUACCUGCAGAAGAACUUGCAGCGGUUAGGCUGCUGCAGUAGAUAAGGGGUACUUCUGAUAGUCAAGAGGCAAUGGCAGUCUACACUUCCUAUCACUGGGUUCAGUCAAACAAAUCAGCAAAACUGCUAAGGAAAAGCAGGAUUUGAAUUUGCACUGAAGAAAGUGCACAUGCAUGAUGUUGUGCAGGGUUUGUGAAACUUUUAUGUUCUGGUACAAGUGUUGGGGGCAUGUGUGUAUAAUUUAUAUACUUGAAUCUACCUACCAGGUUUACAUUUCUCAAUUUCUUUUGUAAAAGGUGCUAUUUCUGUAUUUAAAAAGCUGUAUUUUUAAUGUAAAGCUGCUUCCUGUUUGUAUCAUUGCACUGCUAGCUUUUAUAUAGAUAUUAAUUUUAUUGCUGCUUGUAGCUGUUCUUCACUGGUUAGAUAUCACUUCCUCCUUUUUCUUGUAUCUAGCAAUGUUCUUUGUAGCUACCUGUCUGUAACUGUACUACAAGCACACUGUUGUUGGGUUGAAUUUUUUUUAAUACCUGUUAGAAACAUUGUAAACUUUACAAAAUAAAAAAUGAACUAAGAGAAGGUGAAAUU